AUGCCUAUAGAAUUUAAUUCGGCUGCUGAACGAGACUUGUGUGUUGUUGAAGAAAACGAUGAGAGAGACGAAGGAUGCAAGAAAAAGGAGAAUAUAUCGCUGUUUUUCGAAACAACAGCCGGCAUGCUUGCCCUUAUAUGCCCAUGUGGUAUUGUGGUAAAUAUGACAGAGAUGUUUACUUGUGAAUCACUAACACAAGUAUUCCUUUUCCUACUAAGAACCUUUUGUGAUAAUACCGAGGAUUUUGAGCUUGUGGGCUAGUCCCUUUCUUGAAGAACCAACGUCGAAAUGACAGUGCUGGGGCAAAGAUAUUAUUGGAAAAUGUGAAAUUCUUGGUGGACAUUUUCCAUGUAUCAAAACAUACGGAAGAAGUGUGUAUGCCUCCAAAUAAUCCUAAGUGUAAAUACCAUCCAUUUUUACCGGGAUUUGAUGCUAUCAGAGGCACAAAUACAGAAUCCUGUGAGCAAGGUUUCCGUAGAUUGAAUGAGUAUUUUAAACUGACAAGAAAGAUGUUACAAUUUAAGCGUAACGUUUUGUUUUGGUUUGUAAAUGAGCGAUUUAACAAUGAUUUAGAAUGUGAACUAAGACGUAAAGACCUAAUAUAA